AUGGCAAAGCAUCAUCCAGAUCUAAUUUUCUGUAGAAAACAAGCCGGCGUGGCCAUUGGGAGACUUUGCGAAAAAUGCGAUGGCAAGUGUGUCAUCUGUGAUUCCUAUGUGAGGCCGUGCACGCUGGUCCGUAUUUGUGACGAGUGCAACUACGGCUCCUACCAGGGACGCUGCGUCAUCUGCGGAGGACCCGGAGUAUCCGACGCCUACUAUUGUAAAGAGUGUACCAUCCAGGAGAAAGAUCGAGAUGGCUGUCCUAAAAUUGUAAAUUUGGGAAGCUCCAAGACAGAUUUGUUCUACGAGAGGAAGAAGUACGGCUUCAAGAAGAGGUGA